ACGACCGUUUGGCAACACUGUUUCGGAUUUUCGACGACAAAACAAAAAGCGGCUAAAUUGCGCACAAUUACGGGCAAAUUAAUGAACAUCAUUCGACAGGGACUAAACGCAAGCUUAAAUGCGCGGCGCGGAAAGACAGGCGGAGAUUUAAAUAAAACACAAACCUAUUUUUUUUCGGUGGGUGCGCGUGUGUGAGAGCGAACGAGGAACGGAGUUUCGAAGGAGAAGCGGUGCGAAAGAGGAGGAGAAAAAGUAAAAGUGGCGGUGCCUGUCUCUAUACGCGUGUGUGUGUCAGUUGUGUGAUCCGAAAAGAAGUUGCAGAAAACAUUACGCAAAAGCAAAGCGGGGAAUAACCACAACAAAAGAUAUUGUGCAAAAAACGGAGUGGAAGGGGAGGCGAAGUCGAGGGGAGCAGAGGUGUGAGUGAGGGGAAGAGGAAGGGGAGAGGAGCCCCCUCCGAGCCCUUGAGUGCGAGCGAGUAAGAACGACCGGCGCAAUGAGCAUCGUUGGCGAAAACCACCCUCUCCCACCUCAACCCCCAGCGAGCACAGUGGUGUCCGCUCCAGCAGGAGGGGGCGUCCUGGGCGUCGGCGUGGGUGUAACCACCGCAAACGGACCCCGUGUCGUCACCAUUUACAAAACAGAAACGGGGUUCGGAUUUAAUGUGCGCGGUCAGGUUUCCGAAGGGGGUCAGCUGCGCUCGAUCAAUGGCGAGCUAUACGCCCCCCUUCAACACGUGAGCGCCGUCCUUGAAAAUGGAGCCGCCGAAAAGGCGGGCAUCAAAAAAGGCGACCGCAUUCUGGAGGUAAAUGGCGUCAGCGUGGAGGGAGCCACCCACAAACAGGUGGUGGACCUGAUCAAAUCCGGCGGGGACUGCCUUACUCUGACGGUGAUAUCAGUGACUCAGCAGGAAGCCGACCGACUGGAGCCGCAGGAGGACCAGAGCGGCUACUCCUACAUCGACUACUCGGACAAGCGCUCGCUGCCCAUCAGCAUACCCGACUACGGGAUCGUGAACAGGAACGGCGAGCGGUACAUCGUGUUCAACAUCCACAUGGCCGGCAGGCAGCUGUGCUCGCGCCGCUACAGGGAGUUCGCCAACCUGCACUCGCUGCUGCGCAAGGAGUUCUCCGGGUUCAACUUCCCCAAGCUGCCCGGCAAGUGGCCCUUCCAGCUGAGCGAGCAGCAGCUGGACACGCGCCGCCGCGGGCUGGAGCAGUACCUGGAGAAGGUGUGCGCCGUGCGGGUGAUCGCCGAGAGCGACGCCGUGCAGGACUUCCUCACCGACACCGAGGACGACAUCUCCGCCUCGCCGGUGGACAUCAAGGUGAUGCUGCCCGACCACGAGGUGAGCACCGUGUCCGUGAAGAAGUCCUCCAACGCGCAGGUGGUGUGGGAGAUCCUGGUGCAGCGCGCCAACCUCACCGCCUACACGCAGCAGUACUUCUACCUGUUCGAGAUCGUCGAGUACAACUUCGAGCGGAAGCUGCAGCCGCACGAGAUCCCCCAUCAGCUGUACGUGCAGAACUACAGCACCGCCUCCUCCACCUGCCUCUGCGUCCGCCGCUGGCUCUUCUCGGUGGCCAAGGAGCUGACCCUGCCGGACGGCGAGCAGGCCGGCCGGUUCAUCUUCUUCCAGGCGGUCGACGAGGUGAACCGCGGCAACAUCCGCGCCGACGGCCGCCUCUACGAGCUGAAGGCGCUGCAGGACGCCAAGAAGGCCGGCGACUACCUGGCCUUGGCCCGCACACUGCCCGGGUACGGGGACGUCGUCUUCCCCCACUGCUCCUGUGAUAGUCGCAAGGAGGGGCACGUGGUGCCCGCCGUAGGAAUGAAGAGCUUUCGACUGCACGCCUGCCGUGAGGACGGCUCGCUGGAGGCGCAGAUGGUCGAGCUGACCUGGGACAGCAUCACGCGCUCCGAGAGCGACGAGGAGUCCAUGUCGUUCUGCUUUCAGUACAAUCGUCCAGACAAGCCGGCUCGUUGGGUCAAGGUCUACACGCCAUAUCACGCAUUCCUCGCGGACUGCUUCGACCGGAUCAUGGAGGAGCGCAAGUGGGACGACAGCGGCGACUAGGGAAGGCGGACGGCAGCGCAGGAGCAGAGGGAGCAGCAGCGGCGGCGGCGACGGCAGCAGGAGGCACAGACCAUGCAGACCAGGCAGACGAGGCAACCGAGGCAGACCAGCACCCAGCA